AUGGGUUGGGGUUUGGGUCCAAACAAGGGCAGUGCUUUGUCAUUUGGAGGCGACUGCUCCUGCCCGCCCCUUCGCCACUGGCAGCAGAUCCACCACGUUAGGGCCCCGGGGAUGGCCACUUUCGAGGAGCUGUCGACGGGCCGGGCAUACCUGCCAUUUGACACUGCAGCCUACCCAUUCCUGGCCACCAUGCAGAGCAUCCUGGGCUGGCAGGACCUGGAGCAGCUGCACGAGUCCCUGCCCGAUGGCGGCACGGGGAUCCAUGUCACCUUCGAAAACGACCAACGGACGCCCUUCCACCUCAAAUUUUACGAGUCCCCAGAAUUGAUGACCUUUGAGGAGCUGUACCACAAGUUUGUGAGGGAGCAGGUGGCGCCGAUGUUCAAGGACGACUACAUCGUCUACCAAAAACGCCCCACCUUCCGCGUGUGCCUGCCUAACAACGUUGCCGUGGGCCAAAGGCACCGAGAUGGCGACUACAACCACCCGCCUGGGGAAAUCAACUUCUGGAUGCCUUUCACGAGAGUGUGGGACUCCAAUGGCAUGUACGUCGAGUCCCAGCCUGACAAGGGCGACUUUCAACCGGUGCAGUGCGAAUACGGCCAGAUGUUUCGAUUCUAUGGCAACCGCUGUUGGCACUACAACGAGCUCAACAAAACGGGGAUCACCCGCGUUUCUGUGGAUUUCCGUGUCAUACCUGGGAGCAUGUGGCAGGACCCUGGCGACGAGGUUGCAGGAACCGUGAAGUCUGGGCUGAAGAUGAACAUUGGCGGGUAUUAUGCAGACUACCGGAAACCAGGGGUGUGA